GGCCUGCCGGGUCCUCCAGGAGCCACUGAGAGGCCGUCGGCGUCGGGCCAGAGCGUCACCGUGAAACGCGUCCUCUUAGCUCCGCGCAUCUCUCUCGCAACCAGAGUCCUUCUUCCGGAAAAUGAUAGAGAACAGGGUAGGGCUAGAGAGGCUCCCGACGGGCUGGCCCUUUCCUCUUUGACGUUGCGCUUGUUCCUCUUUGGUUAUUUCUUCGCCCUGUUGAUAUCGUCCAUCUAGCCAGUCCUCCGACUCGCCACAGAGAAGCCCGGACCGUGGUAGAGCGUCGCGUCGCACCCUUGUGACGUCACGGCAGCGCCACUCACUGGCGUCUUUCCCCGCCCACUCCGGCACCCUUCUCCCUUUCCGGACCUGGCUGAGGAGGAGGCGCCAUCAUGGGAGUCGACAUCCGCCACAACAAGGACCGAAAGGUUCGGCGCAAAGAACCCAAGAGCCAGGACAUUUACCUGAGGCUGUUGGUCAAGCUGUACAGGUUUCUGGCCAGAAGAACCAACUCCACCUUCAACCAGGUUGUACUGAAGAGGUUGUUUAUGAGUCGCAGCAACCGGCCACCUCUGUCCCUUUCCCGGAUGAUCCGGAAGAUGAAGCUUCCUGGCCGGGAAAACAAGACGGCGGUGGUUGUGGGGACCAUCACAGAUGAUGUGCGGAUUCAGGAGGUGCCCAAACUGAAGGUAUGUGCACUGCGGGUGAGCAGCCGGGCCCGCAGCCGCAUCCUCAAGGCGGGGGGCAAGAUCCUCACCUUCGACCAGCUGGCCCUGGACUCCCCCAAGGGCCACGGCACUGUCCUGCUCUCUGGUCCUCGCAAGGGCCGGGAGGUGUACAGGCAUUUUGGCAAGGCCCCGGGAACCCCGCACAGCCACACCAAACCCUAUGUCCGCUCCAAGGGCCAGAAGUUUGAGCGUGCCAGAGGCCGGCGGGCCAGCCGCGGCUACAAAAACUAACCCUGGAUCCUGCCCUCUUAUUAAAAAGAUUUUGGAUGCCCUCAUUAAAAAGAUUUCGGACCGUC